AAACGACAUCUAUACAUAACAUAAGCUCCCUCAUUUAGCUUCUCCUUACCUGAAAGCAACCGUACCAUAGCAGCUGCGUUCUUCUUCAGCUCCUUCUGUCACCAACUAUUUUAAUAUUAUUCCCUUUCAUUUUUUAAAAUUUUAAAAUUUUAAAACCAACCCAACCAACCAACCAACAAAAAAAGAAUUAAUACUCUAACAAACAAACCAUAUAAAUGUGAAUAAAGCUAUAAUCCUAUUCGUAAUCUCCAAGCAAUUGCAUUGUAUUCGUAUUAAUUUCAUGUAUAUAAUUCGUAACUGUAAUUCUCCGAUCAGAAUCUCAAUCGCUUGAUUGCGGCGAAGAUUUGUGAUCUGAAUUCCAAUGCAAGGUGAGGUUCAUUCGAUUCAGGAGAUUGAGAGAGCGAGAGCUAUGGAUCUAGAAAUUCCUGAAUAUGAGACCAUUAGGAGAAGGAAAUCAUCGUCGAGAUCUAAUUUGUUAAAGAAAAAAGCAAUGAGUGCUUCCUCUAAGCUUACUCAUAGCCUUAGGAAGCGAGGGAAGCGUGUGGCGGAUUGUAGAUUUGCUGCGAUUUCUAUUAAUGAUUUUAGGGAUGCGGAGGAGGAAGCUGCGGUUAAUGCGUUUCGGCAUACAUUGAUUGUUAAAGACUUGCUUCCGCCUCGCCAUGAUGAUUAUCAUACUCUUUUGAGGUUCUUAAGGGCUCGAAAGUUUGACCUUGAUAAAACUCUCCUGAUGUGGUCAGAAAUGCUUAACUGGAGGAGAGAUAAUGGAGUAGAUUCGAUCUUACAGGAUUUUGUAUAUGAUGAGUAUGAAGAAGUUCAACGUUAUUAUCCUCAUGGUUAUCAUGGUGUAGAUAAAGAGGGUCGGCCAAUUUAUAUCGAAAGGCUUGGAAAAAUUGAACCCAGCAAGCUAAUGAGUGUAACCACAGUAGACCGGUUUUUAAAAUAUCACGUUCAGGGAUUUGAAAAGACUUUUGCUGAGAAAUUUCCUGCGUGUUCUAUUGCAGCCAAACGGCACAUAGAUUCUACAAUUACAAUAUUGGAUGUGCAUGGCCUGAACUGGAUGAGUUUUGGAAAGGUUGCUCAUGAUCUAGUUAUGCGGAUGCAGAAAACUGACGGUGACAACUAUCCCGAGACAUUACAUCAGAUGUUCAUUGUUAAUGCUGGUAAUGGAUUCAAAUUGCUGUGGAAUACAGCAAAAAGCUUCCUUGACCCUAAGACUACUGCAAAGAUACAUGUUUUAGGCAAUAAAUUCCAAAAUAAGUUGUUUGAGAUUAUAGACCCAAGCCAAUUGCCAGAAUUUCUUGGUGGAUCCUGUUCGUGCCCAAGUGAAGGUGGUUGUCUUAGAUCUGACAAGGGGCCCUGGAAUGAUCCAGAAAUAAUGAAAGUUGUUCAUGCUGGGGAAGCAAUGUACUUGAGGAAAAUGAGGAAUUCUUUUUCUGAUGAUGAUUUAGAUUUCAAGCUAUUUGCCUCUAAGGUUUUUAGAAGUGAAGCAUUUUCUGCUGAUUCAUGUUUUGAUAUUAAUCCAAAUGCCUCAGGGUUUAUAGAACAAACUCCAGUUUCAGAGAAAGGAAGGACGGGUGCUCCGGCUUCUACUCACAGCCUGGUAGAGCACAUUCCUGCAAGGGUGGAAGAAUCUAGUUCAACAAAUGAAUCAAUAAAUGAAAUCAGCACAAGAACGGUGCAGAAGAAUUUCAUUCAUCAGAUAACAAGUUCUAUGGUUCGCUUCAUGCUCAAAUUGUUAGCAUGGAUAUAUCUUCUCCUCCCAAGGACUCGGAGAUUUUUUGCAGCACAACAUCCAGACAGACAGUUACCAAACCAACAGGUCCUACUGUUAGAACACUCAAAUUCUCAAGAGCAACAUGUUUCAAAUGACAUAAAAGAGGAAUCCCUACAGCCAUGCUGGCAGAGGCUGCAAAAUUUAGAAGAAAUGGUCAAUGAGCUGGUUAACAAACCUUCCAAAAUUCCUCGUGAGAAAGAGGACAUGCUUCUUGAGUCAUUGAGUCGAAUUAAGUGUAUCGAAUAUGAUCUCCAGAAGACAAAGAAGGCACUGAUUGCAACUGCAUCGAAACAGGUGGAGCUUGCUGCAUCGCUGGAAAAUCUUAAAGAGAGCGCCUUAACUGGAGUGAACUCUUGUUGGCCAAGAAACUGCAAAUCUUUUCCUCCCGAAAGAUGAGACGCGUUUCUUGAAAACAAGUUACCGGAUGUUGUUUUGCAGAAGCCUUAUGACUCUGCAGAAUUCAGAUAAAACUAAACGCAAGCUCGCUCAGCGGAUUCAGAGGGAGUAGCAUUCGAGGUUCUUAUCUUUCAAAGAACAAGAAUGACAUUCAUCAGCUUGCCGUGAAUUCUAAAUUUUCAGAUGCGAGCAUGAUACAUGUACCAUAUGUCUCGUGUAUCUGUACAUAGCAUGAUCUUUUUGUUUUUCUUUUUUCCAUUUCUUAUUUCCGGGACUGACAAAAUAUGCAACCACACCGAUGCUUAGAAUCGAUCUUUUCAGAAAAAAGCUUUACUACAAGAAUAUUUUGAAUUGAGGCAAUUUCUGAAGACAAGAUUGGAACUUUAAUUUGUGCUAGGCCAUUGAUAACCAUAACAAGAAGUGAAUUUUAACUUGCA